AUGGACAGGACGUACGAGGUCUCUGACACCAGAUGGAUUGCUGCCGGGAAAGGACUGCAGCUUGGGUGGGCUGAGUAUGUGGGCGGCGGCAUACCACUCGCCGGCGACCUUACUUCCAAGCUGGGAAGCCAUCACAUGAGGUGCCAGAACGAGGACGGCGAGGACUCCACGGUGGUGUCGCUGCUGCUGCCGAGGCCGACGAUGGAGAGGUUUAAGAAAGAGAUGGCUGUUUGGCUCAACAAGCAUGACAAGAAUCUCUAA